AACAUGUCCAUGUUCUGGCGAAUAUCCGUCCCCAAUCCCUGCAUCCUCGUGCCCUGGAUCUUUAUGCAUUCCCCUCCAUCGGGUUCUUUCCAUUCACCUGUUUCUGGCCGAAAUGUUACCGUUAUCUCAGCAUCCUUGAACUACAAAUUUCCACCUUUAUCCGCCUCUUGCUUUGCCAUCAAACAUGUUCCCAUCCAAGCAGUAGCAUCCAACUCUGUAUCCACGACAAACAUCGUCUAGACUUUUAACUGUCUUAUCCACACCACAUUCGCUUAGUUUUCAUCUCGACACGUUUGCUUGAGAUAUACCUCCACCUAAGCCAUGUCGGCCCCCACGCCAGAUCCGCCUCGGGAUAAUGGGAGAGAAAAGUCUCGAAUCGACGAUGCCACUGCGAGUACAGCCUGUAAGGAAGAUGCUCGACCCAGCCUCUGGUCCUGGACCAAGCUCGACGAUACCACCGCCAUCGGUCCUCGCAUAGGCCCAGUCCUACAAAGUGUCGCCACCGCGAGUUCGGACAGCGACGACAGCAUUGCCUCGCCAGGACGCCAGCGCGAACUUGAAAAGGGAAAUGCUAUCCAGUACCGCACAUGCAGCUGGCAAAAGACUGCCGCCCUGCUCUUUUCUGAAUACAUAUGUUUGGCCAUCAUGAGCUUUCCCUGGUCAUACAGCGUUUUGGGUCUUGUUCCCGGGCUAAUCUUGACGUUGGUUGUUUGUUUGGUCGUACUUUACACCUCACUGGUGCUGUGGGAGUUUUGUCUACGGCACCCCGAAGUCCGGGAUGUCUGUGAUAUCGGCCAAAUGCUCUUCUGGAACAAAAAUUGGGCUUGGUGGGCCACUGCCGUCAUGUUCUUGCUCAACAACACAUUCAUCCAAGGCUUGCAUGUCGUCGUGGGCGCCGAGUAUCUCAAUACCAUGACCGGCACAGACCCGGGUGUCGCUUGUCGGACCGUCAGCUUUGGCAUUAUCAUUGCGCUCGUCUGCUGGCUCUGCUCGCUUCCACGGACAUUCAAUACCUUGUCCAAGCUUGGAGUGUUUUCUGCUCUCUUUACUUUUAUUUCGGUCGUCCUUGCUGCCGCCUUCUCGGGCGCACAGAAACACCCAGCUGGAUAUGAUCCCCGCCCAUCAUUCACGUCAGACUCCGGAGUAGCAUCGGUCGGAGGUAACCCCAUCGUAACCGCACUUCCGGUCAAGUCAGCGUCCUACAUUGCCUGUUUCAAUGCUUUUCUCAACAUAUCCUAUACCUUUAUCGGGCAAAUCACGCUCCCCAGCUUCAUCGCAGAGAUGAGAGAGCCAAAGGAUUUCCCGAAAGCCUUAUGGGCUUGUGCCAUUGCCGAGGUUAUUCUGUUCAGUGUUGUCGGAGGAGUUAUUUACGGGUACACUGGAAACCAGUACAUGACUGCACCUGCAUUCGGUUCACUCGAAGAAACCUACAAAAAGAUUUCCUUCUCAUUCAUGAUCCCGACCAUCAUUUUCUUGGGCGUCUUGUAUGCCUCGGUUUCGACGCGAUUCAUCUUCUUCCGCAUCUUCAAGAACUCGCAACACAUGACCGAGCAUACGCUUACCGGAUGGUCAACAUGGGCGGGUAUUCUUCUGACAACAUGGAUUUGCGCUUGGAUCAUUGCAGAAGUUAUUCCAUUCUUCUCAUCCCUCCUUUCCCUCAUGUCAUCACUCUUCGACAGUUUCUUCGGCUUCAUCUUCUGGGGUGUUGCUUAUUUCCGGAUGCGCAAGGCCGAUGCGAGAGCCGGCAUUACGAGAAAGAGAGGCAUCGGCACCAUUCUAUUGGAUGGGACCAACAUCAUCAUCAUACUCGUUGGCUUCCUCUUUCUUUCCUUUGGGAGCUAUGCGAGUGUGCUGGGUAUUUUGGAAGCGUAUGAUACAGGAUCGGUCAGGAGCGUGUUUUCGUGUGCGAGCAACGGUCUUUGACAGGAGUCAUGUCUGUUGGGUGCAAAGGCUCCCGCAACUGGAACAAAAUGUACAAGACCUUCCUCGUGAUCCGUUGACCAACGAGAUCUUUCUUGGAAGUAAUACAAACCAGCGAUUCCGAUUUAUUUGCCAGAUUUACGUUUCCAGCACAUCUACGGGUGGAUUCCUAUACCUUGCCUAUUGUACGAUAUGAUAAUGUCCACUUUAAAGCUCCCCCCUUAAACCACAUAACAGAAAGAAGGGGAUUCAUCAUAUGUUUUCCACAUUUUGUUUUGUCGUCCUGUUACC